CACCUUUAUCGCUCUAACAGCACAACAAAACCAACAACAACAACAACAACAACAAACACAACGGCAAAGUGGGCACGAGAAUCGGACUCAAAUCUCUCACGAAACCAAAACAAAAUUAUGGAAUUAUCUAAGAAUGCUUAUUUGCGAAUUUAGAAAAAGGAAAUGCUCGGCUCUGAACUCCUCACAUUCAUCGUUCGAAGCUCCCGACAGGUGGGCGCGACAGUUACUCGCGACAUUAAAUAUUAAAUAUCUGAUCCGAUCCGAUUAAUUUUUUUGUAACCAUCACACCACAGGUGGAAGAACCUCAGUUGUCUCCCUCUCUCUCUGUGUUUUUUUGUAUUAUUUGUUUUUGUUUUGUGCGACUUAAACAUCGAUCGACAUGCAGCUGAACGAUCAUUAUCGCAAGAUCAUGAAGAUACUGAUCUUUGCAUUCCUGUGCACCGAGAUGCAGACGACGUUCACGCAUCGCGAUCUGGCCAAGAAGCGCAGCAUUGGAAUGGCCCCAACCGGGGGAGCUCUGACAGAGGGAAGAAGUGUCGCCGCCUGGUCACAGGUGGCCUCAUACCAGGCCUCCAUCCGUCUGCUGGCCCACGAGCGUGACUACUUUGGCAAGGGACACAUCUGCUCGGGGGCCCUGGUGGCGCCCUCGGUGGUGCUCACGGUGAGCAGCUGCGUCUACAGCCAUGCACGUAGGAAGCACUAUCAUCCGGCGGAGCUGCGCGUCAUACUUGGCAAUCGUCAGCGCUUUGCACCCAACGAUCAAGGACUCACCAUGGGGGUAACGCAUGUCCACCAGCCACCGAAGGAUCUGGCCCUGGCCAUACUCAUGUUGGAGCGGGAUAUACCAGUGGAUCAUCCCCAGGUCCAGUCCGUUCUGCUGCCCCAUCCAGAGCAGCCAUCCAGUUCGCUGUCGGAAACCUCCCUGCAGAUCAGCACUUGGGGCUACGAUGGACACAGCCGCGAGCUACACGACCUGCUCACCCUGAAUGCCACGCAAAUGUCCUGCCAGCAGUCGCGGGCACAGCCACAACCUCAGCCCCAGAGAAUCUGCGUCCAGGCUGAGACUAUGACAUCGUUCGGAGGACAGCUCUUCAUGGAUGCCGGGGCCACGCUAACGGACCGAAAUCAACUGCUGGGACUGUGCAGUGCGGACGGUGGUGGCUUCGUGGACGUGGCCAGCCAUGUGGAGUGGAUCCUCACGCAAAUAGGCGAUGGCUCCAAUCAGAACAGCUCCUUCUGGGGCGUCCUCUUGGUCCUCGCCUUCACAGUGUAUGUACUGACAGUGAGUCGAAAGUCCCUGCUCGCAUAGGAUUAGGAUUUAUUCCUUAUUGGAAGUUACACACAUAUAUAGAUAUAUAUACAGAUGAUUCUGCCUAGAACUUAGACAGAUGAACGUUGAAUGUGAUAAUCUCGAGUAAUAAUACAUUAACAAAUAAAUAUACAUAUUGUAAAUAA